AUGGAGACGAGGACAGAACAUGGGAACCAGAAGCCCAUCUGGACAAUUCCCACAACGCUGUUUGCAAAUUUUAUUCUAAGAACCCCUCUGAACCCCUUAGCUCCUAGGAAGCUUAGAGGCAUGGACUCAAAACUUUUUAAUUCCCUUUUUCAACCUAUGCCCGAAAAUUUAACUACCACCUCCGGUAUUUGGUCUCGCCUGGAAGUCGAGCCUUAG